AUGGCUAAUGACCUCCUGCCCCAAACUAAAGGAGAGUGGAAACAGUACGCUGGGAGACACAAGGUGAAGAACCAAUCCCUGCGAAUGAGUACGAAACUGUAUUCCGCAUCUCAAAUCAGCUAUAAGCAUUUUCUUCUUCUUAGGACCAUCCUGCCCCCCAUUGUUCCCCGAAACCAGGUCAGCUACCAGACCCUUGGCAUAGAAAAUCUGAUACAGCAAGCCAAUCAGUACCUGAGUGAUCCGGCGUUCAGAGAUUAUAUCUCAGAUGUCACCACCAGGCAGUCGCAGCCGGUCUGGGAUGCACCUUGGGGAGGACACGACAGACUGUUCAGGGUUCCAGCUAUCCAGCAACAGCAAGUAAUUCAUGACGCGGCACAUUACGGGUCUGUUCGGAGCGAAGCCAGUGUAAACGCUGCCUUCGUUACCUUUUUACAAGCUAUCGCGGAUCUGGUUCCUCAGUCUGGUCGCCAAUGGACGGCUGAUAGAAUCAAGCUGACGGCAGACUUUAGUACACAACGACGCAAAAGACAGUUCGUUGCAUAUACCGAUGGCCAACUGGAGGAUACCUUCAGUCGUCGGAUUCUGGCACUCAUCGAGUGUAAACGAAUGCGGCGGGCGAAGCAUUCCCCAGCCGUUGAUAUGCAAGAGGUGGCACAGAUGGUGGCAUGGGUGAGGGAGCACCCCGGCGGACCAGGAAAUGAUAAGCGAGUUCUUGUGUCGAAGAAUGGGACCGAUGUUUAUAUUUCGGUCUUUGACUACGACCAGGAAUGGUUACGUUAUCUCAAUGGAGGCCCCGGGAGUAUCGUGCAUGCCGGAUUUGCCUGCAUGCGCAGAUACGGCCCCUGGAGGAUCCAGGUGGCAAGUCAUAUGGAGCAUUUUGCUCGAAUCAUCAUCGCCCUGCUACUUCUGUAG